CGGGUCAGUUCAGUUCAGUUUGAGUUCAGGAUCGCUCUAGCUCAGAAGCGAAUACAACUUUCUCGAUCAAAUUUAUUCCUGUAGAUUACAUUUUCGACUGUUACUGAUCCUAUAUCCCAGUUAGAGUUGUUCGUUAUUCCACAAGAUCGCAUAGAUUUGGUAAUUAUUUAGCUUUGCGAAAACCGGCCGAUCAAUACGUUCCAACCCUGACGUUUACGAUCAGCUGGUCCUUCGAGGCAGGCGCAAAGGAAACCAGGUGGCCGAACAUUCUAGAAGCGACGUUAGCGCUGUGUAUUGGAGAAGAUGGAGACAACUUCAGAACAGCUGGUCCCAGACACGAUCACACCCUUGGCGUUGCAGAGGUUGUGGGCGCGAAGAUUGAACGGAUCUACGGUACAUGAGGAGAGCGACAUCAUUGCAGAAUUGUUGGAGGAUCGUGAUGUGUUCCCUUCAGCACAAUUUGAGAGUGAUGAGACCGUGUCCAAGAGCAGAGCUUGCAGUCCGGCUCCCACCGGCUGCUUCCAGGACGCCUUCCUCUUCACGGAGCAGGACCAGAAUGCAGAAGUGCCGGGACUCUGCUGUCUUGGGCCGGUUGCUGUCUGCAAGGCAGAACCGGCGCGGGUUGUGUUGGAUGGAGCCAGCUUGAAGGACAUCCCGGCGCUGUACCGUGUCCCGGCGCCGGCACUCCAUGAGCAGCUGGUCGUUGGAGUCUGGGUGGACCCCAGAGUUACCACCGGGUACAAGUACCGUGUCCGCCCUCUGGACCAACAGAGAGGACACUACAUGUUCGGAGGCCGAGCGCUCGCGUUGCAGAACAUUGGUCGCGGCUAUGCUCGUCGCUUUACAUUCCAACCUGAUGAAGGCAAACUGAACGACAACGAGAACUACUUCUGGUCCGACUCUCGACCCGACGGGUUUGCGUUUGAGAUCGAGGUUAUCUCUCUUGGGGACAAGUUCACAGUGUUUGAUGCGAACAACGUCGCCGUCGCCAUCUUGGAAGUGGUGGACGCCAAGGCCUCCCAAGAAGAAUUGGACCACAAGGUUCUCAAAGACGGAACCAUCCAGAAGAUGGUGAGGGUUCGUCUGUUGGUCAAGGUGGAGUGGUUUGAAGACUGCGGAGCUGUUGUGGUUCCGAUGAGCGGAACUGCCACAGCUAUUCGGGACAAGAAGGGAGGAGUUGCUCGGGUGACGGGUGUCUCCCGGGUGAUGAUCGGGUCCCACCCAAGGAAGGGUUUCACCCUGACACCCGGAAUCAACAACAAGGAGAGAUCCACUGUUGUUCACGGAGUCAGUAUCGGAGACGUUCCUACGAGAUACACUGUCUUCGGACUUCAACCCUACGAGAUGCCCGUCAUUGGAACAUACAUCGACCCCAGGAUCAUGCCUGGUUUCGAGUACCGCGUCCGCAUGGCAGGACCUCCUCGCAAACACUUCUUCCAAGGCAGAGCGCUGAGGCUUGUCAGUGUUGGGGCAGGUUACGGAAAACGCAUCACUUUCGCUCCCGACGUUCUCAACGAACCCGAGAACUACUUCUGGAGUGACACUCACCCAGAUGGUUUAGGCUUUGAGAUCCGAGCGGUCCACGUAGGCCAGAGGUUCCACAUCUUGGCCGGAGGUCUGUACCUCGGAGAAGCUCACGUGUUUAGAGCUGACGCCGCUCAGUAUGAGGAGAAACAAGAAGUGAUCCGCCAAAAAGACGGCACGACCAUCGUGAAGUAUGUCCACGUCGAUGUGACCUGCCACGUCAAGAUGGAUACGACGCGCGCCGGCGUGCCAACCACAUGCGAUUCCCACACCAUGCGAGUGUCUGGCACGGCAGUGGUGGCGCGCAGGCCACGCCAGUCUCGCGCAGACCUCCUCAGAGUAGAGAACAUCGGUCUCGACUCUCAACUCAACUUACUUUUCGUCAUCCAACAAGCCGAGCUGACCUUCCACCCUGUCUCUCGUUAAUCGUUGUCCGAGAGCUUCUCGUAGCUGUUCAAGUCGAUGUCUACCACUACGGCUGACUCAACCGUAAUUGCAGUAAGAUCGCGGAAAUUACAAAAAAUAAGACUGAAUCGCUUUUGUUACGUUGAAUCAUUUUGUUAUGAAGUAAAAAUAUUUAUUCUUUUAUUUGGAAAAUGUAACUUGUCGAUAACCUCGAUUGUUUCAAUCUUGGGGCCUUACACCUUGGAGCUAUUGCGAGUAAUCAGUAUUUUAUAGUGGUAAGAGUUAAGCUGAUGACAGUAUUGAUUUUUUUUCAGAAUACUGUGGUAAUGGGCUCAGCUUUUGAUUUAUGCUUAGAUUUCGUUCCUUUAAUUGGACGACACUUUUACAUUCAAGCUGGUAUUGUAUUGUUACUCGAUUUCAGUGAUUUCUACAUUUUAUUCCAUGUAUACCUGAUUUGUUAGUACACAUAAUACUGAAUAAACUAAUACCAUACUGA